AUGGACGCCUACCCCGAAGACUAUCUUGCCCGCAACCUUCCUUUUGUCCUGAUUUCAGGACUUGAACCAACCGCCGAACAUGACUCCGAGACCGACGAGGUGGCCGAGGUGGCCUAUCCCCUCCUCCCAGAGAAAGGUGUCCAAAUAUACUCAGACUUUCCACCCUUGACCGGCGCAAUCGCGGAGGAGCUGCGGACGGCGUUGCUUGAGGAAGAUGCCUCUAAAGCUCCCUGGGAUACGAAUGAAGAGAUGCACACGACAGCCUCGGGGGUAGAAUACAGAAUCAGAAGCAUUGGGCGGUCUUACAGGCUACCCCCACGCAAGGCUGAUCCCCCGCCUGUGUCCCCUCCCAUGAGCCCUACAGGCGAUAACGAUAAAUCAUCACCGCCCUCAUUUGUUCUCCAUUCGCCGAUAUCUCCAUUGACACCCAGCUCUCCAACUUUCCCAGACGGCCUACUGACUCCACUAUGGGUCACGAAACACCAGAGCCUCGUCCCUGCCGCCGUGAUCAACUUCUUUCCCUUUUGCCUUGACCCAAAUAUGAGCUCCUUGCGCGAUAAUCAACUAAAAAUCGAGAUCAAUGGGUUGAAACAGGAAUGGGUUGCGUCAGGAUACAAGACCCGUUUCAUAGUCGUUCUCUUGUCGGAAGAAGGCGAGGGCGACUAUGCUCGGGAUGCGGAUGACCGAGUAGCAAGUAUUCGGAGGGCAACCAAUCUCGAUCAAAAGUCUAUCUUCCUCAUCCCGCCAGAUGCAACCGCGUCGGAAUUGAAAGAAUUCUCCGGUUCGUUGUUGUCCCUUCUUCAACCAUCGUUGAUGGAAUACUAUCGGGACCUGUCCAAGCAUGCAAGGCGAAAGCGAAACCGAAGCACAAUACCGCCUCCAACCGCGCCACCCACCAGUGGCACCUCCCAGACAUUGUCACUCCAGGGCUGGAAUGUUAGAUACGAAUUUAAAAUGGGGAUCUUUGCAGAAUUUCGACAAGAGAUCGACGCAGCCAUAAGAAAUUAUGAAAGCGCCUAUGAUACCCUGUUCGGACAAGAAGUCUUCGAGAAUAUCGCUGGCUGGAGCCCGAGGUUCAAUGAUACACGCCUUAUAGCUGACACAAUUGCGAUACGUAUCAUUCGCUGCCUGCUUCAGAUGGGUCAAACGACAGCGGCAGUAAGGUCAUGGGUUCGACACCGAACCCGUUCGCAGGACAUCAUCAAUCGACGAGGCAAAGGGACAAGAAACUAUGGCUGGGAGGCCUGGGAAGCACGCUGGUCUAUGGUGAUGGCGCAGCUUAUUCGUCAGGCACGUAUCCCGUACUUCACCUCUGUGGGUAUUUCUCAGGAUCAGUUUAACGAGCAAUACUCGAUAUUUGUUCCUCGCGAGAAGACAACACAUCCCGGAGAUAUUAUCAAACCGUGGGAACAACUCCAUCAUGAAGGAUAUUGGUUAUACCGAUCCGCUAAGCAUAGUAUGCAACGUCGCCUUCUGGCGGAACAGAUCCCUGCAGAGGACCGCAUCCCUCCUGGCCAGUCCCCUGCUUCUCAAAUCGCCAGCAAGGCCUAUCUCUAUGACACGUACUUAGCUCCCGAAACUCACAUAGAAGCACCACAGGCCGGAUCGACGGGCUUUGACCAUUCAAACGUGAUCCUAAAAGCCCUGAACGCAGCGUUGGAGGAGUUCUCGAAACGUGACCAGGUUCGAAUGACAGAAAGGCUCCGGCUGGAGAUCGCGGAAGAGUACAUGCGUAUUGGGUCUUGGGCUGAAGCUUUUAAUGUGCUUCAGCCGCAAUGGGCUACUCUCUCUUGGAGACAAGCAGGCUGGUGGAGUCUAAUGGAAAGGUUUGGCUGGGCUUUGAGGAAAUGUGCUCUGCAAGUGCAGGAUAGUGAGACCAUCUUGAGGGUAGAUUGCGAGUUACUCAACCGAGUAUUUCAACCGAAGCCUGAUUGGUCCUACGACAUUCACAAGAGUCUUGGUGAUCUCCCUCUGGUGAAACCAAAACCAUGUAUUGUCCUGAAGGCGGAGGACAUCAUUUCGUGUGUUACGGCGUCAUUUGUCAUUCAAAAUGCCGAAGGCAAUGUUGGUGAACCGUUGUCGGUUCAACUUGUCAUCCGAUCUUGUGCCCAGCCAUCAUCUGCCCCUAUCAGAUUUUCGGCUGUCAAAGUUGUAUUCGAGGGUUGUCUACGUCCUAUAAAGCUUGAGUCGAGCGAUGACGAGUCCUCGGAUACUACAAGCCCGUGCACCAUAUCAUCCAUUUCGCUGCAAGAGCCUAGGCUGUCCGCAGACGUAUCAUCUCUUCAGUCACCCACUAGUCAUUUAGAGACUCUCACUGGAGUUGCCGACUUGACGAUUGGACCUUCGCAGACCAAAGUGUACAAUUUGAUAUGCACACCGCGCGAAGCUGGUGAGUCGCGGGUCGCAUCAGUCACUCUGCUUAUCGAGGAAGAAAAGUUCGACCUUGCCUGUGCUGUGAGAGAUCUCGGCGAUCGGAACUCGUUCUGGUGGCAGCAAAGCCCCAACGGCAUGACGCGAAGAAGGGUAGGCAAAGGUCGUGACACUACUCAGUGCCGAAUUCUGCCCAAACCCCCCAAGAUCCGGAUCACCACGCCAAACCUUAAGGAUAACUACUACACGAACGAGCGGAUUGUCCUUAAACUGGGAAUUCAUAACGAUGAAGAUGAGGCAGCCGAUGUUCUCACAGAAACCAGACUUUUCGGCCGACCGGAAUCCGCAGCCAAGAUCUCAUGGCUCGACGAAGAAGACUCGGCAGAGCCUCAAGACUCUGGAACUAGCACUCCUAUUGAGGGUGUUGCCCAUUUCUUGAAACGCCCAAUUGGAGUGAUGGAGAGCUCCGCGCGGCGAGAACUAGAGAUCGUGCUCACCGGCACGGAGGACGCUUCGGACUACGAGUUGGAAAUAUCUUGCGUAUAUAACCUUGUCUCAGACGUGCACACACCCAUCAUUGCAACGGCUAGAGUGAGCCUGUCCAUUAUACGGCCAUUCGAAGCGAACUACGAAUUCCAUCCCCGGCUGCAUCCCCUACCAUGGCCGGAUUUCUUCUCCGUGGAUGACGACAUGUUUGAAGGUCAAGGUACACCAAAGCCCGCAGGAUUAUACCAACGGUGGUGUCUUAAUUCGAAACUUGUCUCCUUCGCUCUAGAGCCGCUCGUCAUUGAGAAAGUGUCGCUUGUACUACUCGGAAUCGGCGGGGGAUCGACCUGCCAUAUUGGUCCUGAAGAGGUUGCCAGCCCGGAUACACCGGAGAUCCGUCCGGAGGAGCUCCGCGAGUCCAAUUUCACAUUGGACAUGCAAAAGGUCGUGCUCGGAGACAGACGACCGACCGCGGUGAACCUUGCUUUAGAGAUCGUCUGGCGCCGGAGUAGUGACGAAAGCUCCGAGAACACUCACACUAGCACGACAUCGACGCUAGCGGUCCCUCGAUUUGUGGUCCCAUCUGGCGAGCCUCGUGUGCUUGCAUCGGCUGUCGGUUCGAAUGCUCUACCGGGCUUGGUCCAUGUAGACUACACUCUGGAAAACCCAUCGACUCACUUCCUCACCUUUAACCUGACGAUGGAAGCCAGCGAGCAUUUUGCUUUCAGUGGACCAAAAACGAUGGUGGUCCAGCUCGUGCCCCUGAGUCGUCACACGGUCCGAUACAACCUACUGGCAUCGAAGCGAGGUCAAUGGAUCCAACCUCAACUCCUCGUGGUCGAUACGUAUUUCAACAAGUCUCUGCGAGUGCUGCCGACAGAGGACAUGCGAUCGGACAAGAAAGGCAUAUGGGUCUGGGUAGAUGCGGAGGAUUAG